UCACCACUCGCGGCCAGUCUCACUGACAUAUAAAGCUCUCUUUUCCUUCUUUUUAUUCCCUUUUUCCUCUCUAUUUUAUUAUUAUUAUUAUUUUUUUUUUUCACCACUCCGUAGCCGUUUUCACGACGCACAAUGACCACAUACACAGACAAAGGGCCCAAGCCAAUCGGAGGAAAAUUUCUGAGUUUCGAUCACAUUAGGUUUUGGGUCGGAAAUGCAAUGCAGGCGGCUAGUUACUACUGCGCGAGGAUGGGGUUCGAGCCCCUGGGCUACCGUGGUCUGGAGACUGGCUCGAGGCGUGCAGCAGCACACGCUGUUAGACAAAAUCAGAUUGUAUUCGUAUUUGAGUCAGCCUACGAGCCUGACGACGAGGAAAUGGCGGGUCACCUUUCCAAGCACGGCGACGGCGUCCGCGACGUUGCCUUCAACGUCGAGGACAUCGACGUCAUCCUUAAGGUCGCGAACGACCGAGGCUGCAAAGUCGUGCGAGAUUUGUGGGAAGAAAGAGACGAGUACGGCGUUGUCCGCUUUGCAACUGUACAGACUUAUGGGGACACGCUGCACACGUUCGUCGACAGAAGCAAAUACAAGGGAUUCUUCUUGCCCGGCUUCCAAAAGGCUCGAGACGACGCAAUCUCCAAACUUUUGCCACCCGUUAACUUGAAGUUCAUCGAUCACGUGGUUGGAAACCAGCCGGACAAGGAAAUGGAGCCGGUAGCGAAAUGGUACGAAAAGUACCUGCAGUUUCACAGGUUUUGGUCGGUCGACGACACGCAGCUGCACACCAAGUUUUCGGCGUUGCGCUCGAUCGUCAUGACGAAUUGGGAGGAAACGGUAAAAGUGCCGAUAAACGAGCCAGCCCCGGGUAUGAGGCGCUCCCAAAUACAAGAGUUCGUCGAGUACUACGGCGGCCCCGGCGUUCAGCACAUUGCCCUCAACACCAGUGACAUCAUUACUGCCAUAACCAAUUUGCGCGCAAGAGGAGUCGAGUUUUUGAGCGUACCGGACGCGUAUUACGACGCGCUGCGGGAAAAACUCCAGUCCAGUAGAACCAAAGUCCUGGAGGAUUUGGAUGUUCUUCAGAAAUUGAGGAUCCUCAUUGAUUACGACGAGAACGGUUAUUUACUUCAGAUAUUCACCAAAAACAUGCAGGACAGACCGACUCUGUUCAUUGAAGUUAUUCAGAGAAGAAAUCACAAUGGUUUUGGUGCCGGAAAUUUCCAAGCACUGUUCGAAGCCAUUGAAAUGGAACAAGAAAAGAGAGGCAAUUUGUAAUUUCUUAGUGAACCUUAUGAAUAUCAUUAAUAGGACGAACGAGAAGAUCAAUAAGAUCGAGUAUUAAUUAGAAACCCUACUUGUUUAGGUUACGAAAAUUCAUUUUAAAAAAGUAUUGUAAAUAAUAAAAAGUAUGUUUAAAAAAAA